AUGAAUUCAGCUUAGGUUUAUCACAUAAUCAGCGAUAAAUUUCAUUCCUUAUACAUGUCAAAUAUCCAUUAAGCUGAAUAAUUGAAUCUUCUUCGAUCUAGAAAUUUAAGGACUAUUAUUUGUGUAGACAAGAGUCCUUCAAAACAUUACACUGAUUUUGCACGAUACUAUGUAAUUAAUUUAUCUUAGUAAAUAGUAAGUGUUUUUACAAGAUGAUAAAUCUACAUAACAACUUUAAAAUAUUUGUGAAUUGAUCUAGAAUGGAUUGAAAUUAUCAUCAAUACUUGUAGUGUGUAAUAACGGGUUGUAAGGAGCACCAACUAUUGUAAUUGCUUAUCUCAUUAGUCGAGGUUGGAAAUACGAAAAAGCAUUCUAUUAUGUCAAAGAAAAACAUAAUCUCAUCAAUCCAAGUCUUUAAUCAAAAAAACAAUUGAUUGAAUUUUAUGGUUAGAUAUCUACUUAGUAACCUAAAGAAGAUGAAUUUACUCGAUUUACUUAGGUUCUUAAAGAGAUGUGGGAUAAAUAAGAUUACUUUGAAAGUUCGCCUUGCUUCGAUCCUCUUACUGACUCUUUUUAAGAUGACGGCACCAAAACACCUGGUUUCAUAUCACCUACUAAUGUACUGAAAAUACGCAAUUCUAUUCGAAAACCAGCCUCUCGUAAAAGCAGUAUGAUUAGAAGUACAUCUUGUAAUCAAAAAAGUGAUCCAAAUGUAUGAUGAAUUUAUAUUAUAGCUUAAUUAUUCAUUUCAUUUUGAUGAAAUUAGAGAAUUAGAUUAAGAAUAAAAAUUAGAAAUCUAAUCUCCAUAAUUCUUAUAAGUUUAAGAAAUAUGUGAAGAGGAAGAAGAAGAACUAGUUAGAUUGAGACAUAGAAGACAUAGAAGAAAUAUAACAAGAAAUAAAAGUGCUCAUUAAAAUAUUUGA